GCUAUAGAAGCUAGGUAUAGAAGAGCGUUUUUUCAUAACAUUUUGUAUUAAAAAAUAUUGUUGAAAUGUGGAUACAGACGACUCAUCGCCGUGCAUGAAGAAAAGUUGACAGGUCAGUGCUGGCCUUACUAUUUUUCAGUCAAGAAGGAAUAACACCGCAGAUAUACAUUAUUUUCAAGGAUAAUCAAGGUCACCAAACAGACUAUAUUCCAGAUGCCGCCGAAGAGACUUACGAAGGAAAACGUUGAAAACCUCAGUGAAAAAAUGGCACGGAAAUCCAUUGACAUCGGUCAUAUGCCGCAGACGACACAGCCGCAGAUGAGGCGCUUGUCGAAAUGGGACCAGCGGAUCGUUCCCGGCGUGCAGGACAGACGCUUUUCAACCGCCUCAAGGACAAGCAUUUCCGGUCUAUCGCAUUCGACGAAACCGGCUAUACCGGUCAGAUACGAAAACACGUUCAAAACAGACCCGGACACAAAGUUCGUAUCACACAGGGCCAAGAGCGUUAUGUAUGAGACUAUGAAAGACUGGUUAGAUGGAAUGGAGUACUCCGCGAACGUUCGUAAUUUGACCACUAGCCUAACUGAGGAAAUUAAAAAGAAAGUGAAAGCUUUGGGGUUCCAACGUUACAAGUACGUUGUGACAGUGACAAUUUGUCAAGAAGCUGAACAAAGCAUGCAGAUGGUAAGUCGCUGUAUGUGGAAUAAAGACACUGACACUUUCGCUGAGGUCGUGUACCAUUCAAAAGACAUGCACGCAAUAGCAACACUGUACGCGCUCUACUUUGAAUGAAAACUGCUUUUGUAUGGAUUUACAAAUAUUUCUUAGAUCCUGCGAUUAAUGCCUUUUUUUUUGUAAAAUAUAUGUAUAUACAAUGCAUUUUUCAUGUAUUGCGUAUUUUAUCAGCACGCCUCAUUUAGUCGACUUUAUUGAGCGAACCCAAAAACGUUCAUGACAAUUCGAUGCAUCACUAAAAUAAAUUGGUAGAAACUAGUCUAUCUCGAAUCUCUCACGUUUGCAGCAAUUCUCUUCCAAAAAUGGAAAGACAAAUCACGGAGCAUUAAUUCAAAUUGCACCAUCGGAUAUUUUCCAUUCCGUGUUGAAUUCUACAAGUUGGCUAUUUGCGGAAUCAAACUAGACAGAUAUGUUUUUACAUUCAGUGGAAUAAAUGCAAUGAUUAAAUUCAGUAAUGAUAAACGUAACCAAGGUCGAAAGGUAAACAGGCUUAAAACGUUUAUUAGAUAUCAUUUAUCUAUGCUGUCUGGCAGGAAGCUCAAUGAAGUGAACAUAAUUGAUCAGCAAGUGCGUCCAAAAGCGUUCCUUGACAAGCACAGUUCGGUUGAAAUUCAAAAGUAAUGAUUUGUAAUCUGCAUCGUGUUUUAUUCUUCCUGUGUGGCUGAUCGUUAGAAAUACGUAAACAUCGUUUGUUUCAUAUAUAAAAUAAA